UCCCAUCUCACCUCAGGGGGGUUUGUGUCUCUUGGAAAUUGACUUGUUGUUCCAUUCCCUGGUCGAAUCAGUCUCUCUCUUUUCUUUCUUUUAUCUCUUCUUUCUUAAAUCUUCUGACACUCGUUAUCCUACCAUAAUUCGAAACUUUACAAUUCUGCCUCAAUCGCCUCAUUAACCGGAGCUCGAGCCCGGUGUCUCCUGCCCUAUCAUGGCACCCAGAUAUAAAGAUGGGGAUGCCGUCGUGGCUAUAAAUGGAAAAUGGAUCUCAUGGACUCACACUGCCGUCGCCUACACGGCCUUCUUCAGUGCCCUGGUGGUGGGGAUGUCCUUGCAUUUCCACAAGAUCGUCCAGAACGAACACUACGGUUAUCCUGAUGAAUGGUUUCCUUCCGUCUCAGCGACCAUUGGCGAUCGCUACCCCGAGCGGUCUUUCUUCCAAGUAUUUAUUGCUAUCACUUCCGGACCUAGAUUCGCCCUUGUCUUCUUAUGGUAUCUCCUUACGGCCCGUCCGAACUCCGCUCUCCCCAAGCUGGUUGCUGGUGUCGGAUUGUUUCGGACAUUCACCUGCGGAGGGUGGACAUAUGUGACCUCGACUGAUGAUCACGACUGGCAUGAUAUCUUCAUGAUCUCAUACUUGGUCGCGACUCUGCCUUGGACCCUCGGCUGCCUCGCUUUGAGCCCGAAUAACCGCCAGGCCGUCAAGUAUCGGAAGAUCUUCGCCGGUCUUUUCUUCGGCACCCUCGUGCCAUUGAUCUACUACUUCAUUCAACACAAAGUGCACAAGGUUCCUGGAGCUUAUACGAAAUACGCUUUCUUCGAGUGGUCGCUUAUUCUGUUCGACGUGGGAUUCGACGCGGUUACUGCGCUUGAUUUCGAAGCAUUCGAGAUUGUUGUAAGGGACGUCAAGGGGGUCAGCAGAGGGCAGUUGAAGACCACUGCGGACUCCGUUCUUGGAAAAGAGAAGGGCAAGCCUGUCGGCAACACCUUUGGCGAGGGAUUCUUCUGGACAGAGGUCAUCGAUGCUGCUGCGGAAGUCUACAAUGGGUUCAUUUUCUGGACCCUCUGCACUGCCCUUCCUGUCCUCGUUUGGUACUUCCCUCUCUGGCAUAUGGGUAUCUCCGGAUACGAGGCUGCCAUCGUCUCAUAUCUGUCACCUAUCCUUCUCGCCAUUCCAGCUCUGAAAUCUGCGGUGGUCAAGAACCCUCGUCUUUUCCAUCUUCUUUCGUUGUCCGGACUUCUAGCAUACAAGAUUCAAGACCCCGCCAACCGGCUCUUCUUGACUUCUUUCAGCGUUGUCUGUAGUUGUAUGACAUGGGCCGCCACGCUCUACGCUGAGCGUGGAAACAAUGCCAGGCUGGAGUCGCGGGUCUUUGCGUGGGGCACCGGUCUGAUCAUGUCGAGCGUUGCCAAGUUCGCCUGCACCACGAACAACCCAGUCUGGCCGAUUAUGCAUGCGGAGAAUGGUGGAUGGAACAAAAUUGGACUACUACUUGCCAUUCUGGCUGUUCUGCGAUCUUACAGAAGACCUGCGACAAGUGGAGGUGAUUACCUGCCAUCCAGCGGCAAGAAAGGCUCCUGGCUUCCGGCUGGAUUGGGUAUCGGAGCGUUGGUCUUCGCCAUGCACUACCUUCUUUCUGAUUCUAGCACCAUGAUUGCCUGGGUCUGGGAGGGAUAUCCUGUGCGCGGACCUAUCGCGGCUCCUCACGGUGCCCUCACCAUCUUUGCCAUGGGCGCCGGCCUUGUCUAUGGUCUCUUCUAUCCUGCCGCGGCUGGCAGCUGGACGGCAUACGGAAUCGGUUCUCUCGGCGCGGCAUUCCUUACUUGCUACAGCCACUGGACUGGAUUCUACGGUGCUCUUGUCCUUGCUUUCUACUUGCUCGCAGUAGCCCCGGUCCUCAUCUCUUCUGCUGUUCGGCACUCGCCGGCGGCUACCUUUGGACUUGGUUUCUUUGUUUAUAUGAUUCUCGUGCUGUUCCAUGUCUGGGUUGUUGCCUACGCCUUCGUCCCUGGUGGAUACCUUGUUAGAGAACACACUGACUGGAUCAUGAUCACAACCAUGUUGUGUAUUGGUGCUGGUGUCUUUUCUGCUGCAGUCUCCAGUUCACACAACUCACGGAGCAAGAUCGUCAGCCCCAACGGCAAAAGACAGCGCUCCUACUUUAUCUAUGUGCUCGCGGCUCUUCAGCUUCUGUCUAUCUCAAUUGCUUACCUUCGGUUCCCCACAAACGACUACACUCCCUAUCACAAGGAAGACAAGGUUGCUACUAUGGGUAUCUGGACGGUGCACUUCGGCUUGGACAAUGACAUGUGGGCUUCGGAGAGGCGCAUGCGUGAUGUGAUCCAAGAGCUGGAGCUUGAUGUGAUUGGCCUGCUGGAGUCCGACAACCAGCGUAUCAUCAUGGGCAACCGUGAUAUCACCCAGUUCCUGGCAGAUGACCUCGGCAUGUACGCUGAUUUUGGACCUGGUCCCAACAAACACACGUGGGGAUCUGCCUUGCUGUCUAAAUUCCCCAUUGUCAACUCUACUCACCACCUCCUUCCCUCCCCUGUUGGCGAGCUUGCUCCUGCCAUACAUGCUACCCUCGAUAUCUAUGGGGAGUUGGUCGAUGUCGUUGUCUUCCAUUCGGGCCAGGAGGAAGACCCUGAAGAUCGUCGCCUGCAGUCCGAAUACCUGUCUAACCUGAUGGGCUCAUCGGACCGUCCCAUGGUUCUAUUGAGUUAUCUCGUCACGAAGCCGCUUGAGGGCAACUACAACACAUAUGUUAGCGAGACAAGCGGCAUGAAGGAUAUUGACCCUACCGAUUGGGACAGAUGGUGCGAAUACAUCCUUUUUAAGAAAUUGAAGAGAACAGGCUAUGCCCGUGUCAGUCGGGAUUCUAUCACCGACACGGAAAUCCAGGUCGGUAAAUUUGUGAUUGGUGAGCCUGAGCCUGAGAGCGAGUUGCGUAUUCCCGAGGAGAUGGUCCCCAAGGGCCGUCAAUUCCCCGCCCUGUUCCGUGGGCAAGGUGUACGUGGCCAUCGGUAUCAUGUGUUUGACGAACCUAGGUACUGGCAAUGAGCGUGUGUCUGCGAAAGUCUAUGCAUUGGUGUCAUAGGAGGCGCGAAUCAUGCUAUAUCAUUCCUGAGUAUAUUCCCACGAGACAAGCAUACCAGCAACUAGUGGCUCAUUAGUAUAGCUUGGUUGCUAUGAUAUGUACUGUGAAUCGAAUUGCAAAUAAUGUACUUUUACCCUUUACUGUAAAUUUGUGAAUCGGUCACCGUGAUCUGAUCUGCUUGGAGUGCAUAGCCAAGGCCGGGGCUCAUCUGCACACCAAACAGUCUCGACAGUCACCAUCAGUGUCUAGAGAAUCAUGAGCUUGAGUCCGAGGAUGUCGGAUGUUGGAU